UCUCCUUACUCUCACACACUCGUCUAACGCGCUUAACCUCUUUUUUUUCAAGAUGACUGCGGGCUUGUGUGUGUGUGUCGUGCUGGCAGUUUUGUGUACAAGCUGUUUGGGGCUCCCUUUCUCCUCCCGUCUCCUAGAGGAGGGCCAGCGCUCCAUUCCUUCUCCUUCUGAAGCUCUCCUCGAGGCUGACUCUCAGUCCUUGAAAGAGACUCACCUCCAACACACCCGCUCUGCCCCCCAGCUGAAAGCCCUUCCUCUGGCGGAGGAGGAUGCAGACUCCCGAGCCAACCUCAGUGAGCUGCUGGCAAGACUCAUCUCCUCCAGGAAAGGGUCCGUGCGCAGAAACUCAGCGGCAAGCAGCAGAGGCAGCGCACAGAGCGCAAACCACCGGAUAGCAGACAGGGACUACUUGGGAUGGAUGGAUUUCGGCCGCCGCAGUGCAGAGGAGUACGAGUACUCCUCGUAAAGGGAGGUCAUGGCUCAAACCCCACCAAACAGGCACAUGAGAAAAAGAAGAAAAAAAUCAACCCACGCAAGCUGGCUCCUCACUGUCUCACAAUAAGAGUCUAUUUAUGAUGUAUUUGUUGUACAUUUGUUUGUAAAACUGUAAUAAUGCAAUAUACAUAUGCCAAAUUUUGCAGAAAAGCUCUCACUGUCCGAGGAUCGUUUGUUUCUGGUUUUCUCUGGUUUCUUUGUGGAUUUAGGAGGGGAGGAUGGCAUGGUGUCAUGGUCUGUUGAGAGUUACUGGACUGAAUAAAAACUUAAAAUAUCA